AAAAAUAUUAUAGAACUCAUCAUAAUUUUACAGAUUUCUGUAAAAAGAGCGUCGCCGUCGAGGUUAGCAGCUAGGUUCGGUAUUUAGAUCUGCAAGCAAUCCGACGAAAUUUUCGACAUAUCACAUAUCACACGUCACUAUAUAAUGUAAAAUCCCUUUAAGAUCACGUGGUUUAUAUUAAAAAAAUAUCGGAUUGGUCGCAGACCUAAAGACCGAACCUGGCUAGUGAUUGUGGAAUUUUGUGGAAUUUGGGUAUGUUCGCCGUGGAAUAUAAUUUUGGACCAUUGGCAACGCUGUCAGUGCAACGGGUGGCAGGCCGCUGUUAGCAAGGCUGAAGUGGGUUGUUGGUUUGUCUGAUUGUUAGUUUGGGGGGCCGGGGGUAACGGUGGCGGUCAGUGUUGGUGAUUGACCGUUGUGUCGUAGUGCCUGUGGACCUUUGUGAUACCUCCAUUGAAGAUGGCAAGGAACCAGGACGAAGCCAAACAAGUCGUCCGAGUUGACCAAGACUCAGAGACAGAUUUGCAAGCUUUAUUCGACAGUGUGUUAAAACCAGAUUCAAAGAGGCCACUUCAGGUGCCAUGGAGCAUGAGGAAGUUACCCGAUUCGUUUUUCACCCCUCCGUCAACAGGUUCCAAAUCCAUUAACCAUUCUCGGGAGAAUUCUGUUGAUUCUGCUUUCGACGUAUCGGGACCCGUGAAUUCUGUGCCUUUACAAACUGCUCAUCAUAGGGCUCACAGUUCGCCAGCAUCUCUACAGCAAACGUACGCUGUGGGACAACAGCAGCCCCCCGCUCACCACCACAUCAAACAAAGGUCCUAUGAUGUGGCUAGUAAAUCAGAUGAUAAUGCACCCCUGCCACCAGGUUGGGAACAAGCCAGAACCCCCGAGGGACAAGUGUAUUAUUUAGAUCAUACAACAAGAACCACAACUUGGGAGGAUCCAAGGAAGACACUUGCAGCUUCGCAACAGCAUCAGAGCUCAGAACAUUUGGUGACCCAUCCUGUUUCACACACUACGUCUCCUACAUCAUCUAAUACCAAGGUAAAUAGCGAUGUAGAUUUAGGACCUUUACCAGAAGGAUGGGAACAAGCUCAGACUCCUGAAGGUGAAAUUUAUUUCAUUAAUCACCAGACAAGAACCACAUCUUGGUUUGAUCCCAGAAUUCCUCAACACUUGCAACAGAGGUCGCCAGGCAACACUUUGGUACAACCCUCGUGGCACGCUUCAGUGUCAUCGUCUCCACAAAAAGCCCAACAGAUCAGACUCCAGCAGCUCCAAUUGGAAAGGGAGAGGCUGAAGCAGAGGCAACAGGAGAUCAGGAGACAGCAGGAGAUCAUGCUCAGAAACUCGUCCUCAGACUUGCCCGUGAUGGAUCCUUUUUUGUCUAGUUUGACUGACCAUUCGCGCCAAGAGUCUGGAGAUAGCGGUCUUGGCAUGAGUACUAAUUAUUCAAUGCCACAUACUCCAGAAGACUAUUUGGCAUCGAUGGACGAUAAUAUGGAGGUGGGUAGUGAGAGUCACACCCUGGACACUCCAGAUAUAUCGACAUUAAACGAAAACAUCGAUUCUACUGAUGAUCUCGUGCCAAGUCUACAACUGGAUGAGUUUCCUAUUCUGGAAGACGUCCAGUCUUUAAUAAAUCCGGCCACUACAAAGCCGGAUAAUGGCCUUAUUUGGUUGUAAACCUUUUUUUAGUUUAAUAUCAUCCCAUUUUCAUGAAGAAGUUAAUUUUUUUCUUUAUUUUUAAAUAAUUUCUAUCACCGAGGUAAGUCUUUUUAUUUUUCAUACACAAUUGCUUAUUUAUAAAUCAAUUUUAACACGUUCGCGGUAGUAUUCAUUCUAAAUAUUUAUUUAUUGUUUUUAGCAUAAAAUAACAUUAAGUUUUAUAUCUUUAUUGUCGGUUGUAUUGGCCCUAUGUUUCUUUAAAGUUAUCAUCGUCAUCCUAGGUUUUUAAGCUUCAGCCGCGGCACAAUAAGUUUUUGUUUUAUCAAUUUUUUACACUUUUUAUUAUUGUUUCCGUUUUGAAGAAGAAAAUUUUAUUUUUUUAUUUUGUUAAAAUUUUAACAAUAUUUCUUCUCCAUUUAUAGCGUUCAAAUAUUUCAAACGUGUCUAUGACAAUAACAAGCAUUGUUUUCACCAAGAUCAGUAAAAGUUUCUGAUAUUUUAGUGCUCAAUUGUCGUUUUUGAUAUUUGAACGCAACGCCAUUUAAAACUAUUAGACGCUGUUUUGAAGUACUACAAUUUUGGGAUUGUGUGCAAUUAAUUUUGCGUUUUAACAAUUGUUAAGUUUUUAUUUCAACCACACAAAGCUCAUUUAGAUAUGCUAUUAACUAUUUUCACUAGGAUAUCUAAAAUAACCCCUCUAUUGCACAGACUAUUCCUAGUAUUUGGGGAACAGUUAUGUUGCGAUUACGUUAUACUGUUUCUGUUAACUACAAUGGUUAACGAGAUAACAUGAUGCUCAUACUAACAAAAUCCAUCCAAUAAUGGUGCCUUUGAAUUUAAUGUAAAUAUUUAUAUAAAAUAUCUAAAUAUACUAUUAAGAAAAAUAUAUCUAUUUACCUACAAUUGUUUCUUUAUUCUUAGUUGUCGUUUACAAUAUAUAUUUGUAGCAGUGCCUUUGGAGACAUUUUGUAUAGACUUAGGUUAGAUAUUAAGGCAUAUCGAAGCUUGUGGUAUAUUCAUUGCAUUUAUUUGAAAAUCAUAUUCGCAAGGGAAAGGUCCUAAACCGUUGUAACACUUCAAUAACUCGACUUUAAAAAAUGUUGAUAGUAUUUGUGAUAAAAGUCCCUAAAUUUUAGAGCAAAUUUUCAAUGGAUAUACCAUAAUAUUGUCCGUUAUACUGUAUUUAAUAUUAAUUUGCUUGGUUAUUAACCAGUAUAAGCCAUUUUUUUUUUCCAUCACAUCAAUCGUAUCAUUGGCAAUAUUUAUAAAUAAACGUAGUGAUUCUUUGCAAUAUUAGAUAUGUUAGUUACUUAGCCAAGAAAGCAAUAUUUUUGUGAUUUUACUACACAGAAUAAAAUGAAAUACUCACGUGCUGUUUCAGGUUGUAAAAAAGUCAAAUUGAUUAAUUUCUAUAUUCUACAACAUUAAUUAAUAAAGCUGAGGCCUUUCAUCCCUUUUGGUACAAUUGUUCUGUGAUAUUUAAAGAAUAUAUAAAAUAUUUUAAAACAUUUUACUGAAAAUUUUAUACACAUAUCGAUCCAGUUGUGGCUACAUUGUUAUAGUUUUACAUUAUUAAAUAAGUAACUAAAUAUUAUCUUUAUACAAGUGCUUUUUACAGAUUUUCAAAGCCUAGCCCAGAGCUUAGAUUAUUUUAGAUUUAAGAACUUAUUUUUAUUUCAUUUUUUUAUAAAUACACACAUAUUUUUUUUUUAAUUUUAAUUAUAAUAUAUACUAUGCCGUAACAUUAUAUUAGUUUUGACGUUUUAAAAUACUUCUAUGUCAAAGUAGAUACAAUAAGUCUGCGUUAUAUAGAUUUUUUUAAUUUUCCAUACAUUCUUUUUUUUUCUCUGUGUAUCGUAGUUCUAUAUACACGGAGAAAAAAA